AUGCUCUUGAGGCGCGGCCACAACCGCUGGCUCGUCUUUUGCGCCGCCUUUUUCGCCGGCCUCUUCCUCUUUGCCUACUAUGGCGAUAAUGGGGCGUCGAUACGGCGGAUGACGUCGACGAGCUCCUCCCCUUGGGCGGCCGACCUGACAGCCACACCUUUGUCCAAGCUGCAACCUCAACACAAUGGCGACGCCGAGCUGGAGAUUAUUGUUGCCGCCACCAAGGAAGAAAACGUCACCUGGCUGCACGACUACCUGCUCGACUGGCCCAAGAACAUAUACGUCGUCGAUGAUCAGCAGGCCGCGCUGACGGUUCCCGAAAACAAGGGCCGCGAGGCCAUGGUUGUUCUCACAUACAUCAUCGACCGCUACCACACCCUCCCCGCCAACAUGCUCUUCCAUCACGCCCAGCGCUUCCAGUGGCACAAUGACGACCCCGACUACGACGCCCUGCAGCUGCUCAAGCGUUUUCGCGUCGCCCACCUCGCGCAGCACGGCUACGUAAACCUGCGCUGCGCCUGGAUCCUCGGCUGCCCCGUCGAGAUCCGGCCCCUCGUCGACGCCCAGAGCGCCCCGGAAAACGACAUCCCCACCGCCAAGCACAUUUACAGCGAGGCCUUUGCGGAGCUCUUUCCCGACGUCGCCGUACCAGAGGCCGUCGGCGUGCCCUGCUGUUCACAGUUUGGCGUCACGCGCGAGACGGUGCGCGCGCGGCCCCGCGACGACUAUGUGCGCUUCCGCGAGUGGCUGCUGGCCUCGGAACUGGAUGACGCUAUUAGCGGCCGCGUCUUUGAGUAUGCGUGGCAUGUCAUUUUCAACAAGGAGCCCGUGCAUUGCCCGCACGCUGGUGAGUGCUACUGCAAGCAGUACGGCAUGUGCGACAGGCGCGAUUGCGAUAAUGAGGGCUGCGCAGGGCAGUAUGAUCUGCCAAAAUACUCGAACCUACCCGAGGGCUGGCCCAUGUUUGGGUGGGAUGGCGAGGACAGGCACUGGAGCGGCGAACUGUAA